AUGGGGCGCGCGGAGGCGGCCAUGUUGGCCAUGUUGAUGUCAAUGGGAAAGUAAAGAGGCGGCCGGGUCUGUUUAUGGUCUGAUACUCGAGCCGAGCCUCCUAAAGCGAGUCUCUGGUCGAACUGCGUCCCUGUCAGAUUUACUGACGUUAUUAGCUGAAUUAAUUUGAACAUCUGAGUGUGUCAUUGUAACCCUGGGCUAGCCAAGCUUUCGCAGCGAAGGCAUGGCACGCUAUACGCGACUCUAGUUCUACCUUAUGAUGCCUUUUGCCCGGCCAUUGCAUUCCUGGCACAAAAUGGAGGUGCACAGCUUUAGCGGCGAGAUCAAUGGACAUCAGGUCGCAGAUGAGCCGAUGGAAGAGGGAGAAUCCUGCACACACUGUGAUGAUGGGUCUUAUAAGGAGAUCCCCAUCACUCAUCAUGUAAGGGAGGGCUGUGAAAAGGCUGACCCUUCCCAAUUCGAGCUGCUUAAAGUACUGGGCCAGGGAUCGUUUGGAAAGGUGUUCUUGGUGAGAAAGGUAAUUGGUCCAGAUGCUGGUCAGUUGUAUGCAAUGAAAGUCCUCAAAAAGGCAUCAUUAAAAGUGAGGGACAGGGUUCGCACAAAGAUGGAACGAGAUAUACUGGUGGAAGUGAAUCAUCCCUUCAUUGUGAAGUUGCACUAUGCUUUUCAGACAGAAGGGAAGCUCUAUUUAAUUUUGGAUUUUCUCAGGGGUGGAGAUGUAUUUACUCGCUUAUCCAAAGAGGUUAUGUUUACAGAGGAGGAUGUGAAAUUCUACCUUGCAGAGCUAGCCCUUGCGUUGGAUCACCUUCACAACCUAGGCAUUGUUUACAGAGACCUGAAGCCUGAAAACAUUUUGCUUGAUGAAGCUGGACAUAUCAAGCUUACAGACUUCGGGCUCAGUAAAGAAUCAGUAGACCAAGAUAGGAAAGCGUACUCUUUUUGUGGCACUGUGGAGUAUAUGGCCCCUGAGGUGGUCAACAGGAGAGGACACACACAGAGUGCUGACUGGUGGUCCCUUGGUGUUUUAAUGUUUGAAAUGCUGACAGGAACAUUACCAUUUCAAGGGAAAGACCGGAAUGAAACAAUGAACAUGAUUCUUAAAGCUAAAUUAGGAAUGCCACAAUUUUUAAGUUUGGAUGCGCAGAGUCUUUUAAGAUUGCUCUUUAAAAGAAACCCAGCAAACCGUUUAGGCGCUGGACCAGAUGGUGUAGAAGAGAUUAAACGACAUGCCUUUUUCUCCACCAUUGACUGGAAUAAACUGUACCGGUGUGAACUUCAGCCUCCUUUCAAACCAGCAGCAGGAAAACCAGAUGACACAUUCUGCUUUGACCCAGAGUUCACUGCAAAAACCCCAAAAGACUCUCCAGGCAUUCCUCCCAGUGCAAAUGCACACCAACUAUUCAAAGGUUUCAGCUUUGUAGCACCGGUCUCUCUGGAGGAGAGCAAGAGUUCACCUCUAGUUAACAUCCUCCCCAUUGUUCAGAUGCAUAGCAGCACAGCACAGUUCUCGGAUGUGUACGAGCUGAAAGAGGACAUCGGCGUGGGCUCAUACUCCAUAUGCAAGCGUUGCGUCCACAGAGUCACAGCCAUGGAGUUCGCAGUGAAGAUUAUUGACAAAAGUAAACGAGAUCCUACAGAGGAGAUUGAAAUUCUUAUGCGGUACGGCCAGCACCCAAAUAUCAUCACAUUGAAGGAUGUGUAUGAUGAGGGGCGAUUUGUGUAUCUGGUAACUGAGCUAAUGAAGGGAGGAGAGCUGUUGGAUAAGAUUCUCAGGCAAAAGUUCUUCUCAGAGCGAGAAGCAAGUGCUGUGCUCUACACCAUCACAAAAACGGUGGACUAUUUGCACUGCCAAGGGGUGGUUCACAGGGAUCUAAAGCCCAGCAACAUUCUGUACAUGGAUGAUUCUGGGAACCCCGACUCUAUACGAAUAUGCGACUUCGGCUUUGCCAAGCAGUUGAGGGGAGAUAAUGGCCUUCUGCUCACACCCUGUUACACUGCUAACUUUGUAGCACCUGAGGUCUUGAUGCGUCAGGGUUAUGAUGCAGCUUGUGACAUCUGGAGUCUGGGAGUUCUUCUAUAUACUAUGUUAGCUGGGUACACCCCCUUUGCUAAUGGGCCCAAUGACACCCCAGAGGAGAUUCUAUUGCGUAUUGGCAGUGGCAAGUUCUCACUCAGUGGAGGAAACUGGGACACUGUAUCUGACUCCUCCAAGGAUCUUUUGUCUCACAUGCUUCAUGUGGACCCUCAUCAACGGUAUUCGGCUGAGCAGGUACUGAAACACUCAUGGAUUGCCUGCCGGGACCAGCUGCCCCAUUUCCAGCUCACCCGACACGAUGCACCUCAUCUGGUUAAGGGAGCAAUGGCAGCCACAUACUCAGCAUUGAAUCAUAAGACAUGCCAGCCAGUCCUGGAACCUGUAGCAGCUUCCAGCUUGGCCCAGCGCAGAAGCAUGAAGAAGUUAACUUCCACUGACAUGUUGUGAACAGACACAUCUUCACUGUGUUCUCUCCUUCCCAUUUUGUAUAUUUAUUUGUUUGCUCCUAUGCCCACUGUUUGGCAUUUUUCCUCAGCUCCUGCACAUUGUAAUUGGACAUCAUUGUCUAAUUGGACACUUUUACUUCAGGGAGGCUGUUUAGCAAUUAUAGACUGAGAGACUGCACUGAACAUGGCUGAAAUUUAAAUCCAAAAUGCUGCAGGGCUGUUUUCUUUCCCAUUUGUUUUUGUAUGCAUUUUCUGGAAAUCUUAUUUUUGUCUUUUCCUCAAACAUUCUUUAUUUUCUCUCUUUCUCUUUCCUGCUAAGUGGAAAAACAGCACCAGCGCCUAUUCUCAUUCACUGUGACUGGCUGACCUAAAGCUGCUUUAAGUAAACUGUGCUCUGCCUUCUUUUCCCAGUUGGAAACAUCUCUGUUCAUUCACCACUCCUCUUUUCCCUGUCUUGAUCAGCCUACUCCUGUCUCUUUACAAAUUAUCUGGGAGGGAACGUGCGUUUUGGAAGUUUCCAGUCUUUUAAAACCCAUUUAGCUUGCAGCUGGAAGAAGCAGUGUAUCUGAACCACUUAAUGUUACCUCAAGUUGAGUUGAUGAGCUGAAAGCAUGGACAUCUUUAUGCUUUCAAUGAGUGUAUAUAGAAUUUAGCGCCAGAGAGAUUGUCAAACACACCGACCUGAUCAACUCCCAUCAUAUAAAUUAUAUUUAAGCACAUUUGCACUGAAGCUUGUCAGGUUGUUGCUUUUGCCUUUUUUUUUGCCCAUACCCCACCUUGAUCCUUUUUAAUUUUCUAUUUGUGUUAAAAAAAUAAAUAAAUAAAAAAUAAGCUAAAGGUUGAAUAAUAGAAACUGUCAAAGGUCAAUGAAUGUGGACCAGAGUUCAUAGUGUUGGAUCCAGUAUUAGGGUGAAACAAGGACUCACAGGAUUUGUGGG